UUCAAACUUCCCUCUUUGUUAGAGUUGCACUUGUUAGGUUGUGGUUUAGAAGAUGAUCCAUCUUUCAACAGUAUUAAUUCUUCAAAAUCACUGGUUGUUCUUGAUCUUUCUUUCAACCGCUUUUCUUCAGUACCUAAGUGGAUAUUUAGUCUUCAUGGUCUUGUGUCCAUUGAUCUUAGUGGCAAUUCUUUGGAAGGCCCAAUUCCAGAUUACUUUGGGAACACCUCGUUUCUUGAAGUUCUUGAUCUUAGUUUGAAUAAUCUCAAUUCGUCCAUACCCAAUUCCUUGUAUAGUUUAAACCGUCUUCAGUUCCUUAGUCUUGGCCAAAACCAGUUACAAGGAACAAUCUCGAGUGCCAUUGGAAACUUGAGCUCUGUUACUCAGCUUGAUGUUUCAGUAAAUCAAUUAAACGGCCAAAUUCCCUUGUCUAUAGGGCAGUUGUCAUCUUUGGAGGAGUUUGAUGUUUCAGAAAAUCAAUUAAAUGGUCAAAUUCCAUUGUCUAUAGGGGAGUUAUCAUCUUUGAAGUUGUUUGAUGUUUCGAAAAAUCAGUUAAGCGGCCAAAUUCCCUUGUCUAUAGGGCAGUUAUCAUCUUUGGAGGUAUUUGAUGUUUCAGAAAAUCAAUUAAAUGGUACUUUUCCUCUAUCUUUUGGACGACUAGAAAGUUUGGAAACUCUGGAUUGUGGGUAUAAUCUAUUAGAAGGAGUUGUAUCAGAAACCCAUUUUUCUAAUCUCACGAGAUUGACAACUCUAGCAGCAUCACAUAAUCGGCUUAGAUUUGAACCAAACUCAAGCUGGAUUCCCCAUUUCAAUGUGAACGGAUCGAAUUGGGUAACUGGCAUCUUGGCCCAAAGUUUCCCCAGUGGCUAAAAUUCCAAAAGAAAUUGUCUUAUUUGGACAUCUCCUGUGCAGGAAUUUCAGAUGUCAUGCCCACUUGGUUUUUGAACCUUCCCACUCCAUUUGAAUCUUUAAACCUUUCCUCGAAUCAACUUAGAGGAGAGAUUUCAUAUUUGAAUGUGAGAAGCUCUGUUGAUUUGAGUUCAAACCGAUUCAUAGGCCCAUUGCCAAGAGUAUUCCCAACUUUAGUAUUUCUAAUGUUAUCAAAUAAUUCAUUUUCGGGAUCUCUUUUUGAAUUACUUUGUAAUUCAUCAAGUGGGAAAUUGACGGAAGUUCUUUACAUUGAUAAAAAUCUUAUCUCAGGAGAUAUUCCAGAUUGUUGGAAUCAUUGGCAAAGUUUGGUCCUUCUAAAUUUGGGAAGCAACAAUUUGACCGGCAAAAUCCCACCUUCUUUAUGGCGUCUAAAUCUUAUAAUGCUAAACCUUCGAACCAAUACAAUGUUUGGAGAAUUGCCAUCCACAUUGCAAAAUUCUCCAUAUUUGGUUAUGUUUGAUCUUAGUGAAAAUCAUUUCAGUGGAAGUGUACCAGCAUGGAUUGGUGAUAAGCUCUACCUUGUGAUUCUAAGCCUUCGAUCAAAUAACUUUGAUGGACAUAUUCCUCAUAAAAUUUGUGAUCUUCAAUUUCUUCAAAACUUGGACCUUGCCCACAACAACAUUUCUGGAGUUAUUCCAAAAUGUUUUAAUAAUUUAAGUGCAAUGGCCAUAACAAAUAAAACCAAUAAUUUUGUUGCGGAGUAUGUAGCUGAUAACUCUUUUUUUUUUAACGCAUUAUUGGUGUUGAAAGGACGAGAGGAUGAAUAUGGUAGCACACUAGGACUUGUUACGAGCAUGGACCUUUCAGAUAACAGUCUCACAGGAGAGAUCCCCAAAGAAAUUAGUAGUCUCGCUGGACUAUUGUCUUUAAAUUUUUCAAGGAAUCUCCUAACAGGAAAUAUACCAGACAGCAUUGGCAACAUAGAGUUAAUGGAAUCUCUUGAUUUGUCCAUGAAUCGACUAAAUGGGGAAAUCCCUCCAAGUUUCUCCAAUUUGAAUUUCUUGAAUCACUUCAAUGUGUCCUACAACAACUUGACAGGACAAAUCCCAACAAGCACUCAGCUUCAAAGCUUUGAAAACUUGUCUUACGGGGGCAAUCAUCUUUGCGGACCUCCUCUCACUAAGAACUGCACCUCAAAAGGUAAUCCAAUUGUCGACGUUGCAAAUAAUGGAAGGAGCAGGGAAGGAAGUAAAGUGAAUUGGCUUUAUGUCAGCAUAGUUCUCGGCUUUGUAAUGGGAUUUUGGGGUGUAGUGGCUCCCUUGUUUUUCAUCAGGUCUUGGAGGCAUGCAUACUAUCGAAAGUUGGACCAUGUUGGUCGAAAGCUGUAUGUGUCUUGGGCUACUAUGGGUAUGUAGUUUGAUGGGGAAAAAACAUGUCUAAACAUGUUGGUCUAAAGUUGGUAUAAUUUACUGGAGAUUGGAUCAAA